AUGUGUCCUUCCGAUGCUGCACUAAAGCGACCUGCAGCUGGCCUUGCAGCUGAGUUGUUGCAUCGUGACCACCACGGCCUGAGGUUGGUGGACACCAAGCCCAAAGAACAUAUUCGACCUGGAUGGAUAUUCUCUGAAGAUACCUCUUCAUCCAGGUCUGGACGCAGAAUGUACAAACAGAAGCAGAUCGCAUUGAAAGACAUAAUGUACGAAACCCAUGUACCCGCGGGUUAUGGCGCACACCUUCAAAACCACGGGAAAAAACAACCUGACAUCCCUGAAGACGUUAGACACCGUUUGUAUGGGAUACCUGGCCAAAAUAUCUUCACAUACGGACUCGACGAGCCGCGAGCGUGCAGGGCCCCUGUAACCAACUUCGACGUAUGUCUUGAUACAUUUUAUGAAAGCAAGCUACAGAUCGGUAUGAUACCAAAAGAAAGCGUCCAACAUGUGGAAAGCACAAUCCCACGCGUGAAUAUUGCCAUGAUAAGUUCAUUGGAGGAGUCACUAUUGCCCAAGGAGGAACCCCCUCGACGUAACAGCAAACAAUUGUAUGUGAGAGCCAACGAAUCACAUAUAGAGCCCGGAUAUGUGACUGCCGAUGAACCCGUAAAGACAGUACGCCUCUAUCCCUUAAGGCAUAACACGAACCUGGAAUCUGACCUUUUGCCCAUUGUGGAAUCGCAGGGAAGCACGCGCCGGCAUUACAGCUGCACUAAUGCACACGGCUACGACUGUAUGUUGUAUUAA